AUGCCCCCACCACGGAGUGCAGCGUGGCCCCGGAGGAACUGGCCCCGGAGGUUCCUCCGGGGCCACUUGACCGAUGGCGAUGGCGAGUUACAUCAGGCAGCACGCGCCUGGGAGCCUUCGCACCCACGGUCUCUUGGCAAGGAAGAAGAUGGCCAUGGCUUCGAUGCCGGCCCCUCUGCUUCUAUUUCUUCGUCAGCAUCGGUUCGACCGGCUACGAGCCCCAUAAUCACCAUCGGUCUUUGCGUCCAUCGCUCCUGGCGUUCUGACGGAUCUAUUGCAUCGUUCUGCCUGUCCAAUGAGGACGAAGUGGCUCUGAAGUAUGCCGACUCUGUGGUCGACCUCGUGCCGGUUUUAAGGCGUCGAAUAUCGCCGCCCCUCCCUCCAGACGUGCCUCCCUGGCGUGUGGCGCCGUCUUUGGCUUCCGACUUUCCUCAUUCUCGCUCUCCAUCGCCUUUCGCUUCGGGUGCUACCGAGCCUUUAUUGGCGACCGGCGUGAUAUCGAGCGGUCCUCAUCGCCGUUGCCCUUUUCGCCGUUGCCUUCCUCGCUGUAUUCGUCACAAGAAUGGAAACCCUGUUACCGUUUUCCUUACCUUUCACACAACGGCCGCAACGCAACUUCACUACUCGUUCCCUCAACCUCGCUGCCGACAUCACAGCCACUUUCCGCGACUACAACGACGUGCUUGGUCACUAUCCCGUCCCCGACCUCAACCAAGGGCUGACAGCCAUGCCUUCUUUAAUUCAACGCUUGCCCGGACGAGUUACGAUCUAUACGGAGGGAUUUUGCAGCUGGCCCUCGCAGUUGGGAUAGAACAAGGGCUGAAAUAUUUGGAAGGUAACGAUAUCCCCUAUUUUGCGGACAUGGUGGACAGUAGCUUGUGCCUUGGAGUCCAGAACAUAGAUUUCGAAUUAUCGUCUACCUUUCUACCAUUGUCCCCGAUCGACAGGGCAUGGAUCCUGUACACGAAAGACCCACGAAACUUAACCCUAAUCAGCUGGUGGGCUAUGGAAGGCAUCGAUGUGUUGUACUAUCUUGCCUACCACCCGAAGUCGUCCUCCUCCCUGCGCAGCCGCAAUGCUGGUCUCUUCCCUGACGGCGUCCAGGGCUCGCCAGUAUUCUUCAACGCCACCUCCCUAUUCUUCCUAGACAAGCUCUAUGAUCAUAACGAAUCUCUCCUGCAGUCACUACGGAACGAAUCGUGCAAGAAUGCGGCGAAGCUGUACCGCAUGCAUGACCUACUGGUCAACAUUUCUGGACAGGCCAAGGCCCAGAUGGAGGACGCUCAGAGCCACCUGAGUCGUCGCUACUCCCCAUCUCUUCUCGAGGAACUCCAGGACCAGCGGCGGGCACGCCUCGCCUCUGCGCGCCAAAACGCCCACGUCGACCUCCUCAACAUGACAACACUCCUCCCUGCCGUCCUCCUCCCUGCCGCCGGCGCUCUGGAUGCCCACCAGGCUACUCAGAAAGCGUGCCAAAGCUUUCAAGAGUUUCACAAGCGACUGGGAGGACUGCUCGAGUGCUCUCAGAUGAAUGAUACGCGGCUCUGCGAUGGAUAG